AUGAAGUAUCUUUUCGGUUUGACGCUGCUCAUGGGGACAUACUUCUCCGCCACAUCUGCGUUACCACCAUGCGUUUGCACGAGAGAUAGGAAACCCGUUUGCGGCUCUGAUGGCAAAACAUACAGUAACCAAUGUCUAUUAGACUGCGCGCGUUCUACCAACCCUGAUAUAACUCUGGUCAAAACGGGUGCGUGUGAGAGAAACGAACCCGCGGGUUCUAAUUGUAUUUGCACUUACGAUUAUAACCCAGUAUGCGGUACAGAUGGGGAGACUUAUCCAAAUUCCUGUUCCUUAAAGUGCCAACAAACGGAAAAUCCAGGUCUUGAUAUAAAUUAUAGAGGAGCAUGUCGGAGCAACAGGGAAGUGGAAAAUUCUUGCGUCUGUACUCGGGAAACUAAACGUGUGUGUGGCACAGACGGGAUCACUUACAAUAACCCAUGUCUGCUGAACUGUGCCCGUGAAUCAAACCCUGACCUUCACGUUCUCCAUGCUGACCCGUGUGAGGAAGAAACAAAGAUUGAACUGCCGAAAAAUCGCCGCUGCGCCUGCACAAGAAAUUUGCAACCAGUCUGUGCCUCUAAUGGUGUUACUUACAGCAAUAAAUGUAUGAUGGAAUGCGCGGGAAGUCACCUGCCUAUAAAGAGCUUUGGUUCUUGCGAAGAUUCGUAA